UUUGUCAUAAGUUGAGCCGUGUUGCUCUGUCCACAAGCUAGUUCCAAACUUGCUGCUUUCAUCUUCGUAAAAAGAAACUUUUUAUUUGGUGGUACAACGGGGGCGUUUUCCUCGUUCUGGAAUCGCACUUCUGUGCGAUGGGGUGUUUCGGCAACAACAUUACCGAUGAGGAACAAGAAACGAAAAGGCAUCAGAAAAGUACCAACAAAAAGAUCGAAAAGCAACUCCGAGAUGAUAAAAUUGCAUACCGAGCUACUCAUCGUCUCCUCUUACUUGGGGCUGGAGAAUCUGGAAAGAGCACGAUCGUCAAGCAAAUGAGGAUUUUACACGACGUACAUGGUUUUACGGAGCAGGAAAAGAGGCAAAAAAUAGAAGAUAUAAAGAAGAAUAUUAGAGAUGCAAUAUUGACCAUUACAGGGGCUAUGCCGACGUUAACUCCGCCGGUGAGGUUAGCUAACCCUAAUAAUCAGUUCAGAAUCGACUACUUGCAUGAAGUGGCCACGACGCCAGACUUCGACUAUCCCCCGGAGUUCUAUGAACACACAAAGAUAUUAUGGCAAGAUGCGGGUGUGCUCGAAUGCUUCGAACGAUCGAAUGAGUAUCAACUUAUCGACUGUGCGCAAUAUUUUUUGGACAGGGUGGACACAGUGAAACAGCCAGACUAUCUUCCAGUGGAACAGGAUCUGCUCAGAUGUCGAGUUCUGACUUCAGGAAUCAUUGAAACAAGAUUUAAUGUGGAUAAAGUGAAAUUCCACAUGUUUGAUGUGGGUGGCCAAAGAGAUGAAAGAAGGAAAUGGAUACAGUGCUUUAAUGAUGUUACAGCAAUAAUAUUUGUCGUUGCAUGCAGUAGUUACAAUUUGGUACUAAGAGAAGAUCCUAGCCAGAAUCGGUUGAAGGAGAGUCUUGAAUUAUUCAAAAGUAUUUGGAAUAACAGCCACGGCAGAGCCUGGGGAUGAGGAAUCGGUGACAAGAGCUAAAUAUUUUAUUCGUGAUGAAUUCCUUCGGAUCAGCACAGCCAGCGGAGAUGGUAAACAUUACUGUUAUCCACACUUUACAUGCGCAGUAGACACGGAGAAUAUUCGACGGGUGUUCAACGACUGCCGCGACAUAAUCCAGCGGAUGCAUCUCCGCCAGUAUGAGCUUCUGUGAUGGGUUCCCUCUUCUCCUUCCCCAACUUUUCAUCCAGCUUUCUGAACAGCCCUGACCAAGGCCGCUUGCCAUGUGCUGUGCUAUUAUAGCACACAAACAUUCAGCUGUUUUAUUCCGAUAUGGGACGGGGAAUGCAGUGGGGCGUCGGCUUCAAUGUCUACUCCAAACAUACCAGCGAUGAAAUUAUGUCAGAAACCAGCCUUGUAAAGUAGUGUACAAAAAAAAAUUUAAUGCAGUGGAA